ACAGUGACUUCACUUCCGAUGCAAAUUUUACGACAGUAAGAUAUUUUUUGUGCUGAUACGAAUUACAUUAAACUCACGAUUUUACACUCAGGAUCGUGUUUGGUGCUAUAAAAAGAACGAAGGACGAGUUGACUUAGGGCCCUGGGACCUGAAAGUAGGCUACUAUGUCCGCGGAACUGGACCUUUCGCCCCCAGAGGUACCUGAACCCACUUUGCUUGAGAGUCUCCUGCGCUAUGGACUCUUUCUGGGAGCUAUUUUCCAACUCAUCUGCAUCUUGGCUGUCAUAAUACCGACCUCCAAGGGGCAUGAACAGGAGGAGACGGAGCCAAAUGACAUGAAAGCUGGUGACCAGAAUAAGAAGUCAAAAGGACCUGCGCCUCAGAUUCGUCAGAAACUAAAGAAAGAGAGCAAGAAGAAGCGAUAGGUGUGUUGGAUUUUGUGCUGUCCAUGCAGCGCACCCAAAAUUAUUGCUACAUUUCAAAUUAUGUAAACUGAAUCAUUUUUGUUCCAUCAAAUUCAAUGAUGUCUCAACCAUGAUUUAUGAAAGAACAGAAGUGCAUUUGAUCAACUGUUUUAUUCAAUUAGUCUGCUAUCAAAUGUAAUUUGUUAAUCUAAAACUUGUAAAGGCCUAAACACAACCAAAAACUUUGGGGACAUACUGUGCAUUCAGAAAGUAUUCACAUCCCUUGACUUUUCUCAAAACAUUGUGUUACAAAGUGUCCUUUUUCUUGUCAAUGAUCUACACACAUACUCUGUAAUGUCAAACUCGAUGUAUGAUUUGUUUAAUUAAUAAAAAAUAAAUGCUAGUAUAUCUUGAUUAGGUAAGUAUUCAACCCCCUGAGUCAAUACAUGUUACUCAACUUUGGCAGCUAUUAUAGAUGUGAGUCUUUCUAGGUAUGUCUCAAAGCUUUGCUCACCUGGAUUGUACAAUAUUCAAACAUUAUUCUUUUUAAAAUUCUUCAAACUCUGUCAAGUUGGUUGUUUGAUCAUUGCUAGAUGGCAAUUUUCAAGUUUUGCCAUAGAUUUUCAAGACAAUUUAAGUCAACUGUAACUGGGCCAUUCAGGAACAUUCAAUGUCAUCUUGGUAAGCAAAUCCAGUGUAUAUUUGGCCUCGUGUUUUAGGUUAUAGUCUUGUUGAAAGGUGAAUUUAUCUCACAAUUUCUGUUGGAAAGCUGACUGAACCAGGUUUUCCUCUAGGAUUUUGCCUGUGCUUAGCUCUUCAGUUUAUUUGUAUCCCUAGACAAGCAUACCCAUAACAUGACGCAGUCAACACCAUGCUUGAAAAUCAGCUGAGUUAGGAAGUAUUCCUGUAUCCUUGUAGUGACUGGUUUUGUUGAUACACCAUCCAAAGCAUAAUUGCUAACUUCAGUGUGCUUUUCUAUGUCCCGAUAGGUGCCUUUAUGAGGCAUUAAAAAACGUCCCUGGUCUUUGUGGUUGAAUCAGUGCUUGACCGAGGGACCUUACAGAUAAUUGUAUGUGUGGGGUACAGAAAUUGGGUGUAGUCAAUUUAAAAAUCAUGUUAGCAACUAUUAUUGAGCACAGAGUGAGUCCAUGCAACUUAUUAUUUAACUUUAACUCCUGAACUUAUUUAGGUUUGCCAUAACAAAAAGGUUGAAUACUUAAUGACAUUUCAGCUUUUCAUUUGUAAUUAAUUUGUAAAAAAAUGUCUGACAUUAUGGGGUAUUGUGUGUGAUUAGGGACACAAUCUCAACUUAAUAAAUGUUUAAGGCUGGAAAAAUACAAGGGGUGUGAAUACUUUUAGAAGGUACUACUUCUACAUAUUACUAACAUUUCUGUGAAAACCCAGAAUAAGUACCCUCUUUCUCUGUUAUAUCAAUAAGAGGUUGAAAAAAAUUCAUACAACUACCUUUUUAAUCUUAAAAUGUCUCAUUCAACCUUAUAACCCGUACACUGUGCAUAUAUUCUCAAUGUUGUAACAAAACAUUUUAUGGGAAAUACUUUAUUUGAAAUAUUUCUCAGAUAAGAUUAAAAACACUUAUUUUUUUACGAAAUCGACCUUGCUAAUAAGGAUGAAUAGCAUUUUCUGAGAAUGAAAAUGUAAGGACUUCUGUGAAUCCGGAUGGUAGCCUGCCUGGAUCCUAACCCACAACCUUGUGUCAGUCCAACACUUUCGCUUUUACAACAAGAAGAGGUCCAUUGAUGAGAGAGUUGGUGUUGUACUAAGGACUUACCUCCUGUGCACUAACCCAUUCCUUCCCUCUGCACCUUACCUUCUGUGCACUAACCCAGUCCUUCCCUCUGUACCUCAAGUCCCUCGUGCUCUGGCAUAUCUCAUGGUAGCGCUAUCCCACUUUUACCACCAUUGUAGCGCGAAAUUUGGGGGUAGCCCAACUAGGACUUGAACGUGUGAUCCCAGGUCUGUCAGUUCCACUCCUCACCAAUAGAUUGCUGGUGUUGUGCUUGUGCAAAUUAUGUACUGGUAAACUAUUCAGAUUCCUGUUCAAAUGACUGUGACUCACUUUUCAUGAUAUAGGUUAUGCGAUCUCUGUUCUAUGGUGAUAGUUACUAAAUUCAAUUUCACAAAUACAGUACAGUUAUAUCAGAUGGUUGAUGGAAAGUAGGAUGCAUUGUGUUCCAAGGCCCUUUUCUUUCACAGUCCUAACCUAAUAUCUAUUCCGAAGUGUAAGGGCAGGUUUCCCAGACACAGAUUAAGCAUCCUAGACUAAGAAGUAUGCUCAAUUAGAAUCUCUAUAAAAGAGCUGUUCAGGACUAGGCUUAAUCUGUGUCAGGGAAACUGUCCUUAAUGGGUUUUGCAUAAAUGGUUGUUAAUUUAUUGGAAUUGUCUAUGUGAAAUACAUUGGCUACGGUUCAAACUCAUUAAAGACACACCCUCGUCGAA